UUGUUUCGAAAUGUUUGUUUUGUGUGCUAGUUCUUUUUACUGGUCAAAAACUGCAAAAAGUGUAGUUUCGGUGUUGGUUCAAUAUUGGGUAAAGCCUUUGAAACAAGUAAGAGCACAUCCUCUUGACACAUUUCCUUAUGCAUGUGAGAUGAAGUCAGUUAUCUGCUAAUUUGCAUCUGUGACUGAGCUCAUUCACACUGGAAUAUGAUUCUUGAAUUUUUUUCUAUGAUAUCAUUUUCCUGUAGCAAAUGCGGUGACUUGAGUUUUCUCUGAGGUCAGCAGUAUUUAGUUUUAUAUCAGAACUUUUGAGGCAAAAGAUGGAGAGCCACUUCAAUGUUAGUGCCUUCACCACCCUGAGCGUCCCAUCAACUGUGGGAAAUGCUUGCGGAAUCGACUUCAGUCAAGAUGGCAUCUUCCUUCCCGUCUUGUAUGGAAUGUUCUUCACCAUUGGCACCCCUUUAAACCUGUUGGCGCUCUUUGGGCUCUACAAACUAAUUCAAUCGGAGAACGUUCUACCUGUGUACGUCAUUAACCUGCUGAUCGCAGAUCUAAUUCAACUCCUGACUUUUCCUUUAUGGAUAGAUUACUAUGCCAACGGACACUACUGGCGCUUCGGACCCCGGAGCUGUCAGUUUAUGGGUCUGUUUUUUUACAUUAGCAUUUACGCGGGCAUCUUCUUCAUGUGUAUCAUCGCUCUAGAGCGUCACCUGGCCAUCGCCAGACCUCUCAGCUUCAAGCAUCUGCGUAACUUGAGGUUUGCUCGAUGGAUAGCUCUCGGCAUUUGGAUACUAAUUGCGGUGCCGCCUGCCAUCGCGUUUGACAAGCUCUUUCCCAAGCAGGAAAAUUACACUCUUUGUAUUGAGAAAUAUCCCUCAGAGGGCAGUUUUAUCACCUACAGGCUGAUUACUCUGCUUGUGUCCUUCAUCAUACCCCUGAGCUUCAUUGUUGGUCUCCACAGAGAGACCGUUCGCUCGCUGAUGGCAAUCAACUCGCUUUCAUCCGAGGAGAAGAGGAGUAUCAGGGGUCUGCUCACCCUUCUGGUGGCCGUAUUUGUCACGGUGCUGGGGCCCUAUCAUUUCAUCGGCUGUGUGAAGUACGUCGGACUGCUGAUACACAGCAGUGCGUGCAUUUGGGAGAAGGCUGUGUUUGUGCCCUAUCAGUUAGCACGAGGCUUUCUGAGCCUUAACAGCUUGCUGGAUCCUGUGUUUUACAUCUUUCUCCGCAGAGACUUCCGCGACGUCGCUGGGAACUACUUGCCCUGCCUGAAGAGAACGAGGACCAGAUCAUAUCGGACAGAGAAAACGACAAUCUCCAGUCAAGGCUGUGAUUAAAGAUUUCCCCCGGUUAUGUAUUUGAAAUACAAUUUGGACAAAGAACGAUGAAACUAUGCCAAACUCAUAAGGCCAUAUAAUCUAUGGUAGCGCCAUCAUUUAAGAUGUUUCGUAUGGAAGUAAUCAUUGGCUGUGUUUACACUGGCACAAAAAUCUGAUUUUUUUUUCUCACAUCUAACACUGUUCAGAAUUUGUUGCAAAUACAUACACACAAAAAUCCAAACGAGAUCCGAUUUUUUCACAUCCGUUCUGAGCCACUUCCAAAUGUGGUUUUAAAUCAGAUAUAUAUCCGAUAUCUGGCAUCUGAUCUACAUCUAAACACAUAUUAGUUCACCCAAAAAUUAACAUUCUGUCAUUAAUUACUCACCCUCAUAUCUUCUUAUGUCCAGCGCUUCCAGGUUCUACAUCAGAACGCUGACUCUUUAUUGGCCGCCUCCUGCGUCAGCACCACACGCAUGCGACGGCUGCUCAUGUGUGCAAAUUUGGCCAAUACUGAGCCGGCAUUCGGACGUAAACACAUAAGUCUUCACGGUGUGUACUGCGUCACCUGCAUAAGGAUAAUGACAGAGAAGCAAAGUAGAUUAUUGAAAAAAGUAGUUAUUUUUGUUUUGCUUUUGCACACAAAAAGCAUUCUCGUCGCUUUAUAAAAUUAAGUUUGAACCACUGCAGUCACGUUGACUGUUUUAAUGAUGUCUUUAAUACCUUUCUUGGACCUUGAAAGUGUCCGUAGGUUUUUUUUUUUUGUUGUUGUUGUUUUACUGAAGUGGAAACUUUAUAGUUAAGCAAUUGCACACAUAGAGACAUUCAGGAGCAAUACUGGUUUUCAACCUCUGCCCCGUGAAUUUUUAAAAAUAAAACAGCUUUGAUACUGAAAGCUACAUUAUAGGCUAUUUCUCAACAAUGAGGUGAUAACUUUGUUGUUUUUGUAAAUAAACUAAAUUUAAAGUAAUUCACACUCACUAUCUCUCUCAAUAAUUCCUUUGAAUUCAUUCAAAUAAAUAAAAUCUUUCCAUGCUACUAAAAUAACAUUACAAACAUUACCGUUAUUUUCUGGUCUAUAUGUUCAGUGAGAUUUUGAUCUGUAAACAUCAAUGACAGCUUUUAACUUAUCCAUGCUGGCAAAUAAUCAUGGCCACCCAAGGUGAAUUAUAAAAUAAUUUGGUAACACUUUACAAUAACAGUACAUAAAUAAUCAUGAACUAUUACCUGAAUUAAUAGUUACUUCAACAUGAACUCAUGAUUAGUUAAGAUAUGAACUAAUCAUGAACUAAAGAAGAGUGAUCCUUUAACUACGACAGGAGUCAUAAGGAUUCAUGCAUGAAAACAGCAGCCUUAACUACGCGUUAAUACAUGUUUGAUAAUUAAUGCAUUAAUUUACAUUUAGGGGUAAACUAAAUAAAUCAGGCUCCAUAAGAGUAAACAAGAAGUACUCUGAAUUUGAAUUAAACGUGAUUUAAUACUGUCAUAAUUUACAGUGUAAUAUCAUAAUCUGCCAUCUGCAGCUUUGUGACAAAAAAUUAGAAUGCAACAUGAUUAUUUAGCCAUUAAUUACAUAGAUCCGUCUAAACAAAAGUGGAAAACAGACUAACUACCACAAAUAAAUUUAAUUUGAUCUAAACCAUUUUCUGAAUUUUAUAGUUCAUUUAUAUUUGGUCAUAGCUAAAUAGUCAUAGUUGAUUCCCGGAACUAAAGUAUGUAGGGUUUGUUUCUGGUGGGACACUCAUUAGUGGCGCACACUAGGUGUUCUCUUGGCGCUUUUGUUGUGUUGCUGGCAUUUUAAACUAAUAAAUGUUGACUGCUUUGGUAAGCCGAAUUAAUAAUUAAAGACAUAUUUACAUGUAUGUUUUAUUGGGAUUUUCAGGAGGUUAUGCGCAGUUAUUAACUGUAUUUGUAUUUUUGUCGUUUAAAUGUAUAUGCUUUGAUUAGCAUUAGCUUGUGGACGCGCCCGAUUUUACAUGUAAAUGUGCCUUAUGCGUGUCUUUACAGGUAUGUUUAUGGCUUGCUUUCAAGCCCAUAUAUGUUUAAUUAUAUAAAUAAAAAUAAAAUACAAAUA